UAUGGCUGGACAAGGCCUCGGUCUAAACUGAGAGAGGACCCCCCCUCCCUCCCGUACUACCCCGUCUCCGCUACGGGACACCCGCCACCCAUGGAGGGCACGGACAUGGACGUGGACGCGGAACUCAUGCAGAAGUUCAGCUGCAUGGGUACCACGGACAAGGACGUCCUCAUUUCGGAGUUUCAGAGGCUGCUGGGCUUUCAGCUCAACCCAGCCGGCUGCGCCUUCUUCCUGGACAUGACCAACUGGAACCUUCAGGCUGCUAUUGGUGCAUAUUAUGACUUUGAAAGUCCCAAUGUCAACACGCCAUCUAUGUCCUUUGUUGAAGAUGUGACAAUUGGGGAAGGAGAGUCUGUUCCUCCAGAUACACCAUUCACAAAGACCUGGAGGAUACAAAACACAGGUGCAGAGUCGUGGCCGCCUGGAGUUUGUCUCAAGUACAUUGGUGGGGAUCAGUUUGGGCAUGUAAACACAGUUAUGGUGAAGUCCCUAGAUCCCCAGGAAAUAUCAGAUGUGAGUGUGCAGAUGCGAAGUCCCACAACUCCUGGCAUGUACCAGGGUCAGUGGAGGAUGUGUACAGCCACUGGGUUAUUCUAUGGAGAUGUAAUCUGGGUGAUUCUUAGUGUAGAAGUUGGAGGUCUCCUUGGCGUGACCCAGCAGCUCUCCUCCUUCGAGACAGAAUUCAACACCCAACCCCAACGGAACGUGCAGGGAGACUUCAACCCCUUUGCCUCGCCACAGAAGAACAAGCACGACGCCACCGACAACAGUUUCAGAGAUCCUGGCGGGGCCUGGGAACGCACACAAGAGCCAAUCCAGCAAGAUCAAAAUGGACUGUCUCAUAAUGCUGUUAAUAGGGCGUCAAAUGGUCUUCAAACUAAUCUUUCUGUGGUGACUUACGGUCAGGGUAUUCACGGACCCUAUCCAUUUGGACAGAGCUAGAAUGACAAAGACCCCCCCAUGGUGGAUGAUGAGCUGAACACCCUGGGAGUCGUUAAAUGUAGAGGAGUUGGAGGGGGGGAGGAACAGUUGUUUUAUACUGACUCAUGACGACCCUCUCCCCAACCCAUGGCCCUUUCCACAGAAACACAAAUUACAGUGAAGUGACGGAUUACAUCUGCUACAGUGAAACAUCCCACCUGACAUCAACACCCGGAUUCGCAUGUGUGAAUGCUUCAUUUACGAGUGCUAUAAACCCUUAAAAAUAGAUACACACAACUAUUUUUAUUUCCACUGUAAAACACAACUAAUUAAAGGGAAAAUCAACCCUAAACAAUCUACAUACAGUUUGGUAUUCCCAUGGGCAAUUGUUCUCUUCAGGGUUCCUACACAGAUCUGAAAAUUGUUGGAGCACAGUACAAAACUUAAUAGUGAUCAUAGAUAAUUUUGAGGCCUUAAAAAAAGACACAGAAGAAAUGUGGGAUGUAUGUUUUAUAUGGAAAAAAAAGUGUAAUCUUGUAUUCCUCACACCAAAUAAUUUCUAUUAGAAGUGUGUGGAGUAUUUCCAAACUCCUCUAAAUGACAGCCUUACACUGGUUUCACACACAAAUCUGGUGAAUAGUGUGGGAUGUUAAGCAAUCAGCGAGACCUCCUGUACCAGCCACUUGGUCACAGAUAAAUACAGCAGUUCACAAAAGACCACUACAGAAUUGUUUUAGAUCUUGGAUAAGUCGUCGUGCUUUUGCUGCAUUCCCAUACAGUAUAUACAUCUUGCAAGCAUUCACAACAUCUACCAGUAUCAAGUCAGAAGAAUCAGAGCUGUCAGAAAAGUCUGAAUCUUCAAGUCGUUAUUACGAAUUAGAUGUUGACUUGAGCGCUAUUUACAAGUUUGAAAUCAUGGUCGGUAUUAACAGGUCUGUUGAGUUUUGGUGUCUGGAGGAGUUAUUGCUGAAAUUUUUCUUUUAUGAUUUCAGGUCCAACAAUCUGAUAUACAUGGAUUACUGGAUUUAUUUUAUUCAGUCUCACAAAGGUUCAAAUCACUUGUCAUCUAGUCCAAAAAAGACAACUGGUGUUCACCCUUUCAGACUUGAACCUUAGUUGCUGACCCAGAUCACAUGACACUGAUGCACGUGUUUGCUGCAGCCUGUAAGAGGAAUUUUUUUAAUUACACUUAAGCGUUUGUCACUCUACAUAUUUCACUAUUUGCCCUUUUUGAGAAAAACUGGCUGUCACACCCAAAAACAACACUCUAAAUAGUUCCAGUGUUUCCUGUGAUACUUCCACAACAUUUAUUUCAUAAAACAACUUUACAUCUCUGUGUGAUUUAAGUAAAACAUAAUUCCAUACCAGUCAUAGCUGAAAGAAGUCUUAGUGUUCUUCUUUAGUGUAUUAAAGACGAGGGUAAAUUCCUUAAAUUUUUGCAAAAGAAAUAUGGAUGAUCCCUGUGUAGGAACCCCAUCUCUCCCAAAGAUAAAGUCCAGAGAACCAAGACACUAAUCUGUGCUGUCAUAAAAUGACACAGUCUGCUGGUGCUUGAUUCAGACUGCAUGGGACAAUGUGUGUGUGUGUUUGUUUUUUUGUUUUUUUUAGGGUGGGUUUUCGCUUUAAUUAGAUGCUGAAGCGCAGAAGGAUGCAAGUGAGUUUGAGCCAGUGAGGUGUGAGGAAGGGUUGAAAAAGCCAUCUAAAUCUAUUUUGCCUGGUGAGUGACUGUAGUUUUUGAGUCCAUGUCUACAGUAUGUGUACUAGAUAUAUAUAUGUAUGUGUGUGCGUGUGCGUGCGGCUGUGCAUGUAUGUUAAUGGUUUCUUUUUGGAUUUAACUGACAUAACAAUGGUGUAUACUACUUGGGGAAAGGAUGACGUGUCUAUUCACACACACAUCAAUACUGAGAGAGCUUUACUAGGUGUGUACCUCUGAAGUAUUGUUGAGCAAUUCUGCACCGUUUGGACGAACUGACUCACUAAUUGCCCUGAUGUUAUUUAUUUGCUGUCAUAUUGUGCAUUGCAGAUGCAAAAAGUCCCAUUUACAGCCAGCAGGUGGUGCUAAAAAUCAAAUGACCAACUUAAACUUGCCUUGAUAUACUGAGUACAUUGUGAAGAAGAGGCGAUGAGUUGUAGUUGGAUGGUAGCAAGUCAAUUUGAAUAUGAAAAUUAAUGGUUUGCAUCAGCAUUAUUAGCACUGAUGUUCUGUUACUGCUAUUUGCACAACACUGUCCACCACUGCUAAUGACGAAAAGUAGUGAUUUUUGACCUAUUGUGUGGAUUCUUUUUCCAGUAAGUUUCAUUGGUUUGUUUUGCUAAUCUUCUCGACCCAAAAUGCCUAUGUUCUUCAGAGCUUUAAGUUUUGUUAUUAAACAUCACUUUCAUCGCUGCACCAGUGUCUGAUCUUAAAAAAAAUAAUACUGAUUGAAUUUAGGUUUUGCAUAUCUGCAAAUGAGUUUGUCUGUUGUCACACCUGAGUUUUUACUUAAGUUUUGUUAUGUUCAUUAUGUCAGACAAUGGAUUUGAUUAUGUAUUUUGGCUUAAAAAUAAAAUGGAAAAGGUUUGUUGAUAGAA